AUGAAUUCAUUUUUCGCCGUUUGUUACGAGGCUGAGUUGAUCAUUCUGGAUGCUAUCUCGAUUGGUUUGGGGUUGCCCGUUCAGCUACGUAAACUCCACCAAGCACAGACCAACGAGCUGCGUCUCACCCACUACCCCCGAGUGGAUCGGGGGCACUUUGCCAAUGCCACCCGCAUUGCGGCGCACACAGACUUUGGCACGAUUACUUUAUUGUUCCAAGACAAUGUUGGAGGCCUGGAAAUGGAACAGCCCCCUGGUAGUGGGGUCUUCGUUCCAGCCGACAAUGCUGGCCCCCACGAGUGUAUUGUCAAUGUAGGCGAUUGUCUCCAGAUGUGGACAGGCCUACACAGUGCCCGACACCGGGUGCAUCUGGCAAAAAGUGAGAAGCAGGGUAAUAUGAUCCCAGAACGCUUCUCGAUUGCGUAUUUCGCAAAGCCUGAUCGUGCAGCCCUUCUCCGUCCACUGCUGGAUUCGCUAGACAAUGGCACGCCAGUGCAAAAGUUCUUGACGGCCAAUGAGUUUCAGCGCAUGCGCAUUGAGGGCCCGGUCGUUCGCUGCGGUCCCAACCAUCUGACUUUCAAUGAUUUGGAUCUGAUUCCUGUGGUGUAUCAUCGCCAGAGUGAUAAGACAGACUAUCCUCAAGACUUUACCUGCCCGGGCGCAGCCACCAACAAGGCCGGCUAUCUUGAAUAUGCUGCGGCCAAACGGCAGUUUGGACAGGCAUUUUCGGUAUCGCGGGUGCAGUUGUUUGAGAGUCUGGUGGAUGAAAAUCUUAUCAAGUGGGUUUCCGUUCUCAACGAGGAAACCCACACGAAUCCCUCAGUAGACUGGGGUACCUGGGUCAAAUAUUUUUCAUUUGAUGUCUAUGUGCCAAUGAGUGUGGGGGAGAGCUUCGGGUUCUUAGACCAUAAGUCCGAUGUGCGCAAUAUGUUGCAAAGCAGUUAUCGUAUCUUCCGGUACUGGACGCUUAGUCGAUAUCGCCCUAUCGCUUGGCUAGCCACCCAUACUUCUUUCGGCCGCCGUUUGUUUGUGAGUGGCCGCGAUGACCCAACAGGCAUGGGAAUGUGGACUACUGAAGUGCAUGAUAUCACUCGAAAGCGUAUUAAAAGCUCCACAACGGAGUCAAAGCCACGCUGGGAGCACUCCAUGUUGGAUCAAUGGCUCGCAGCCAAAUCUGCGGCAGGAGAAGGUAUUCCCCUAUCGGAUAUCGAGGACCAGCUAGUUUCUGAUGUACUGGGUGGUCCCUACGCACUCGCCACCACGAUUAGCCAUCUGGUGACCACGAUGGCCAAGCAUCCCCAGGCCGUUCAGCGAGCCCACCAAGAGAUUGAUAACGCUUUUACCCAGCAGACUCUCUCCAACCCCUCGCCCACCUACACAGAAUGCUGUGCUCUCCCUUUUAUUGAUGCCUGUGUCCGCGAGGCCAUGCGCAUUACAGCUACUGCCUCUCCUAGAUGGCGCUGCUCGCCAGACAGGCCAUUGCGUCUCUUAAACCAGGACGUCCCUCCGGGCACUGCAGUAGCUACAAGUCCCUUCACCAUCUCCACUCAUCCUGAUCUGUACGGUGAGAAUGCCGAAGAGUUUGUUCCCGAGCGGUGGCUUGAGGCGUCAGAGGAGCAGUUGCGAGUGUGGUAUGCAUAUGAUGCGCACUGGGGAUUUGGCUAUCGCAAGUGUCCCGGGCGACACAUAGGGGUAUUGGUCCUAUAUAAGACCUUGGUUACGAUCCUACGCAAUUUCGAUAUCAAAGAGGGGAUUUCAGGAUCGUCAUCCCUGCUGAUGCUGCCACGAAAACCUUGA